GUGCAGGAGGCGAGAGAGAGAGAGAGAGAGAGAGAGAGUGAACUUGAGGGAGGAAUGGUGGGACAGCGGGCGGCGACGAAGCCAAGCAGGAGCGACGAGGUGUUGGAUGCUAAUGAGCAAGAAAGGAUCGCCAAUCAGAUCAGAGAACAGUUCGAUUCCUUGGCCCCCAAGCGACCCGUCAAGCCCAAUCGAAGCGAACCCGAUCCUGAUGCUCAGCUUGAUCUCUCCUCCACCGUCUUGUCUCACAGCAUUCCCGAGCUUCUCAAGUUUCAGUCGUUUCAAUCCCAACCUCAUGCUGUGUUCUCCGACGAAGCACCCAAGGAUGUGCCGGACGAGUUUGUAGAGACCCAGUACUACAAAGAGUUGACCUCAAUUGACAAACAGCAUCACACGACCGGAAGUGGGUUUAUCAGGGUUGAGAGUCUUGGAGGCGAUGAUCUUAAAUUGCAGAAAACCCAGAUUAUCAAUGUCGGCGAAACGAAGCUUGCGGACUAUAAAAGCAACCCGGCCACAAACGAUUGGAUUCCCGACAUUGAUGAAAACCAGGUAUUUGUAUCGGUGAAGCCAAAUCGGAGCGAGAGUUCAUAGAAGGAAACAGGAGCCGAUUAUGUGUGAGGUUUGAUUAGGUGGUGAAGCUUUAAAAUAAAACUUGUAGUAGGUAUUUAGGUUUACACUAUUGGGAAAGAAACAGAGAAUAAAGAAUUUUACUGAAGGGUACCUUGUUCUUAUCCGUUGUGACUAAUAAACAAUUACCAAAAUCAUCAUGAA